GUCGCUUCGUUGCGUAGCCCCGAGGGCACUCGACACCGCGAUUCCCAUUCCCUCUUCCCAUUUUUGAAAGCAGAAAACCAGAGUCACGGGACCCUUGCCGCCGUCGGCGAACUCGCGAUGCUGCAGAUGCUCGGCCUCCGCGGGGGCGCCGGCGGGGGGAGCCCCAGCGCCGGCGACGCGACCCCCGUCUGGAACGGGGACGGCGGCGCGGCGGCGGGCCCCGCCCGGCCGCUGCGGCUGGUGUACUGCGACGAGAAGGGCAAGUUCGUGAUGGACCCCGAGGCGGUGGCGGCGCUGCAGCUCGUCAAGGGCCCCGUCGGCGUGGUCUCCGUCUGCGGCCGCGCGCGGCAGGGCAAGAGCUUCGUGCUCAACCAGCUUCUUGGGCGAAGCAGUGGUUUUCAAGUGGCUUCAACACAUCGACCCUGCACUAAGGGACUUUGGAUGUGGAGUGCGCCUUUGAAGAGAACUGGUCUGGAUGGAACUGAAUACAGUCUUGUGUUGUUGGAUACCGAAGGAAUUGAUGCUUAUGAUCAAACGGGGACCUAUAGCAUCCAAAUAUUUUCCUUGGCUGUUCUACUGUCAAGCAUGUUCAUCUACAAUCAGAUGGGAGGUAUAGAUGAAGCUGCAUUGGAUCGUCUCUCACUGGUCACGGAGAUGACAAAGCAUAUACGUGUCAGGGCCUCAGGUGGAAGGUCCACCGCAUCUGAACUUGGGCAGUUUUCACCUGUCUUUGUUUGGUUGUUGAGAGACUUCUACCUGGAUUUGACAGAAGACAACAGAAAAAUCACUCCACGUGAUUACCUAGAACUGGUACUGAGGCCUGUUCAAGGUGGAGGAAGGGAUGUAUCUGCAAAGAAUGCGAUACGGGAGUCCAUCCGCGCACUUUUUCCUGAUAGGGAAUGCUUUACACUUGUGCGACCUGUGAAUAAUGAGAAAGAUCUCCAACGUCUCGAUCAACUUCCUCUGAGUAAUUUCCGGCCAGAGUUCAGGUCUGGUCUGGAUGCUUUCACAAAAUUUGUGCUUGACCGAACAAGACCAAAACAACUUGGAGCUAGUACAAUGACAGGCCCUAUCCUUGCUGGAUUGACACAAUCAUUUCUUGAUGCCAUUAAUAGUGGUGCUGUCCCUACAAUAUCUUCAUCAUGGCAGAGUGUGGAGGAAGCAGAAUGUCGGAGGGCAUAUGAUUCUGCUGUGGACGCUUACAAUUCUUGUUUUGCCCCGAAAAAACAAAUAGAAGAGGAUUCUUUGAGAGAAGCACAUGAAGAUGCGAUGAGGAAGGCUAUCAGUGCUUUUAAUGCAUCUGCUGUGGGUGUUGGGUCAGCCCGUUCAAAAUUUGAAAAGCUUCUUCACAGUUCUCUUCGAAAGGCCUUUGAGGAUUACAAAAGGAAUGCUUUUCUGGAGGCUGAUUUGCAAUGUUCAAACCGAGUACAGAGCAUGGAAUCAAAGGUGCGGGCAGCAUGUAACCGCCCUGAUGCAAAGCUAGAUGAUGUAGUCAGGCUCCUUGAUGGGCUGCUCACGGAGUAUGAGUCAACGGCCUAUGGUCCCGGGAAAUGGAAAAAGCUGGCCACUUUCCUACAGCAGUGUUUAUCUUGGCUCGUGCUAGAUCUUUUCAGAAGACAGUUGGAGCAUAUAGAUGCUGAAAGGAAUGCACUAAGAUUGAAAUGCAAUUCAAGUGAUGAUAAGUUGGCAUUGCUUAGGAAGCAGCUUGAAGCAAGUGAGGGCCACAGAGCUGAAUACUUGAGGCGCUACGAGGAAGUUAUCAAUGAUAAGCAGAAAAUCUCAAAGGAUUACUCUGUUCGUAUUACUGAACUUCAGACCAAGAGUAGCAAGUUGGAAGAGCGGUGUAUGAGCUUGUCAUCUUCUCUUGAAACUGCAAAACGGGAAUCCAAUGACUGGAGAAGCAAAUAUGACCACAGUAUUUUGCAGCAAAAGGCAGAUGAGAGUAAGUUAAAAUCUCAAAUUGCUUCUCUCGAGUCGAGGGUAAAUAUCAGUGAGGGCAGAUUAUCUGCAACACGAGAACAGGCCGAGUCUGCUCAAGAGGAAGCAUCAGAGUGGAAACGCAAAUAUGAAGUUGCUGUUAGUGAGGCCAAAACAGCUCUGCAGAGAGCGGCUGUAGCACAGGAACGCACAAAUAAGAAAGUGCAGGAGAGGGAAGAUGCUUUGAGGGCAGAACUUGCUAACCAAUUAUCUGAGAAGGAAGAGGAAAUUUCAAGAUUAAGUGCUAAAGUUAGCCAAACUGAAAUUCAUGCUACAAGUUUGAUCUCAAGGCUUGAGGCCACUGAAGCAAAGUUGAAAAACCAUGAGUCAGAUUCACUGGCUUUGAAGGAAGAGAUCAGAUCGUUGACUGAUAACCUGGAAUCUAUUAGAAGUGAAGUUCUGUCACGUGAGAAGGAAGUUAGGAUCCUGGAACAAGAAAAGAACCAUCUUCAGGAGAAGUAUCUGGCAGAGUGCAAAAAGUUUGAUGAGACAGACAUUAGAUGCAAGGAAGCUGAAAGGGAGGCCAGACGAGCAACAGAAUUGGCUGAUGUAGCUCGUGCAGAAGCUGCUGCUGCUCAAAAGGAUAAGGGUGAAGCUCAACGUCUUGCAAUGGAGCGACUUGCACUGAUAGAAAGAAUGGAGCGGCAGGUUGAGGCUCUAGAAAGAGACAAGGCCAAGAUGGUGGAAGAGAUUGAGAGACUUCAUCAGUCAGAGAGGGAUGCCAUGUCCAAGGUCACGUUGCUUGAAAAUAGUGUUGAUGAGCGGGAAAAAGAGAUUGAUGAGAUGUUGAAACGGAAUAACCAGCAAAGAUCCAGCACGGUCCAGGUUCUUGAGAGCCUGCUGGCAACGGAGCGUGAAGCAUGCGCUGAAGCCAACAAGAGGGCUGAGGCCUUGUCAUUGCAGUUGCAAGCAACUCAAGGCAAACUGGACAUGCUUCAACAAGAGCUGGCAUCAGUUCAGCGCAAUGAAACUGCACUCGAUAGCAAGCUCAAGACCUCAGCAAGGCGCUUAAGGGGUGAAGCUACCGAGUCUGUCCAUGAUAUGGAUAUCGAUGAUGACAAUAAUGUGAGGCGUCGGAAACGAUCGAAAAGCACAACAAGCCCGUUCAAGAACAAUCAUACAGAGGACGGUGGAUCUGUGUUUAUUGGGGAAGAUACUUACACCGGGAGCCAGCAAGGGACUGAGACUGAAGACUAUACUAAAUUCACUGUGCAGAAACUGAAGCAGGAGCUCACCAAGCACGGGUUUGGUGCUCAACUGCUCCAGUUGAAGAAUCCUAACAAGAAGGACAUCAUCGCCUUAUAUGAAAAGCAUGUCGUCGGCAAGUAGUAAUGCCUCAGCAAUACUUGUGUGCUUACCCUUUGUAUUCGUGCUUAGACUAUCCUGUAGCAUUGAAUGUUAUUGACACGAUCAAGAUGGAAGUUAAACAAAGCAUGUAACUUAGUUUUGAACUC